UGCACCCUCACUUCUGCAUGUUUUUUUUUACGUUUGUCUUUCUCUUCAUCUCAAUCACAGCACUGACAAGAUGACCCAAAAGACGACUGCCUCCCAGUUACACUGUUCGACAGAUUCGUCUACGCUUCAAGAGGAAGCACGAGAAGAGGGUGUUCCUUUACCACCACCUGAUGGAGGAUACGGCUGGUUUUGUGUAUUAGCGCAAUUCUUGAUCAACGGCUUUACUUGGGGCGUGGUGGCAAGCUACGGCGUAUAUCUCGCCCAUUACCUCUCGCACGAUCUAUUUCCUGAAGCUAGACCACUCGAUUAUGCAUUUAUCGGAGGCUUCAAUUUUGCCUUUGCGCUUCUAGUUGCUCCUCUAGCGACACCACUCGUACGGAUAUAUGGUGUGAGAACGCCUAUGUUCUUCGGUAUUCUCUUUCUCGCGGCAGGAUUCAUUUCGGCAUCAUAUGCUACCGAAGUAUGGCAUCUAUACUUAUCGCAGGGGGUAUGUGUGGGCGUCGGGGUCGGCCUUGUAUACAUCCCAGCCACUUCAGUUAUCCCUCAAUGGUUCUCUAAGAAGCGCAGUUUGGCGAAUGGAAUUUGCGCAUCCGGAUCGGGAAUAGGUGGCCUCAUCAUCUCCUUUUCAACUCAAGGAUUGCUAGAUACUGUCGGUCUAGCGUGGUCACUGCGAAUAACCGCUGUGAUAGUUUUUGUCGUCAACGUGAUCGCAACGCUGCUGAUGCGAUCCCGGAAUGAGGUUAUCAAACCAGACCUAGAUAUCUUCAACUUCCGCCUUCUCGUCUCCUACCAAGUGAAGUUGUUGUUAGGAUGGUCUUUCAUUCUCAUGUUUGGCUAUAUCACCUUGUCGUUUUCAUUGUCCGAUUAUGCGUUGGCCAUUGGUAGAUCGCACGAAGACUCAGCAAGGGUAGUCGCAAUUCUCAAUCUUGGUACUGCAAUAGGACGACCGUUCAUAGGUUUAUUGAGCGACCGAUGUGGCCGGGUUGAAGUGGCUGCGAUUGCUACCUUCAGCUGCGGUGUACUUGUAUUUAGCCUUUGGCUACCGAGUACCAACUACUACGUGCUGAUUGCAUUCUCUUUGAUAAGCGGAUCCAUACUGGGCAUCUUCUGGGUGGCUAUUGCACCACUCGCGGCGGAUAUUGUUGGCUUGAAACAGCUUCCUUCAUUCCUAAAUACUGUAUGGUUUUCUGUAGUACUGCCAUGUUCUUUUGCCGAGGUCAUCGCACUUGAACUUAGAUGUCAAGAUUUGGGGCUACGGUCCUAUAUUUACGCCCAGGUAUUUGCCGGAUCCUCUUAUAUCCUGGCAAGUCUGCUCUUGUUCGAGCUUUGGAGAUCACGCAGAGCAGGGAAUAGCUCAGAAUAG